AUGAGAGCAACCGCUGCAGACGUUGAGGCCGUGGAGAGCCAUGUCCACGAGCAGGAUGAGUGUCUCAAGAACAACGUCUUCAGCGAUUGCACGGCCGUGGUCGACCAUGCAGCCGAACGCAGCCUGUGUUUCAAGUUUGAUUUUCGUAUCCUGCCAGUCCUGGUAGUCAUGUACCUGUUCAACGCCCUUGAUAAAGGCAAUCUCGGCAACGCCCAAACAAAUGGCCUCAGCCAGAAUCUCAACUUCAAAGACGGCCAAUACAACCUCGUCGUAUCCAUCUUCUUCGUGCCCUUCGUCAUCUUCGCCCCUCCCUUCGCCAUGCUCGCCAAGAAGUACGGCGCUGCCCGUGCGCUGCCCGUCAUGAUGUUCACAUUCGGCUCCAUGACUCUCCUCACCGCAGCCUGCCAGAACUUUGGCGGCAUCUUUGCGGUCCGUUGGUUCCUCGGUAUGGCAGAGGCCGCCUUCUUCCCCGUCGUCAUUUACUACCUGACGACCUUCUAUCGACGUGGCGAGCUGGCCAGACGGCUGGCCAUCUUUUAUGCUGCUUCCAAUAUCGGCAAUGCCUUUAGCGGACUACUUGCCUUUGGUGUGUUCCACAUCAAGUCCAGCAUGUACCCUUGGCGCUAUCUCUUCCUGAUUGAGGGAUCGGGUACCGUGCUCUUCGCCAUAUUCGCCUUCUGGUAUCUGCCGAAAAGUGCAUCCGAGGCCAGGUUCCUCAACGAGGAGGAGAAGGCACUGGCCUUCCACCGUAUGCAAGUCGAUUCAUCCUCGGUCGUCUUGGAGAAGUUCAGCUUCAAGGAAGCCCUGCAGAUAUUCAAGUACCCUUCGUCGUAUGCCUUCCUGGCCAUCGAAGUCUGCCUUGGCGUGCCGCUCCAGUCGGUGGCACUGUUCUUGCCUCAAAUCAUCCAGCGGCUUGGCUACUCUACCGUCAAGACGAACCUCUACACUGUCGCGCCGAGCGUCACGGGCGCUGCUGUUCUGGUUCUGUUGGCUUUUGCCUCCGACUUUACCCGUGUUCGAUUUCCGUUCAUCGUCCUCGGCUUCGCCUUGACAUUUUCUGGAUUUGUCAUCUACGCAUCCAUUACCGACGUCCAGGCCCAAAUUCAAGUUGCCUACUUUGCGACCUUCAUGAUGUGCUGGGGCACUUCUGCGCCGUCGGUCCUCCUCUCGACAUGGUACAAUAACAACAUCGCCCACGAGGGCCGUCGAGUUACACUCACAUCAGUGGGUGUGCCCUUGGCCAACGUCAUGGGUCUGGUGGCCAGUAACAUUUUCCAACAACACGACGCCCCCAAGUAUAUGCCGGCCCUCAUCACCGCGGCCGGCUUCGGUGCUUCUGGCGCCCUUAUUGCGUGUCUUUUGGGGCUGUACAUGAUUUUUGACAAUAGAAGACGUGACCGCGGGGCAGGCAUCAAGCUCAAGGCUCAGGACGUGUCAACUCUCAAGCUGCGGGAUGGUCCUAAUUCCCCCGAGUUUAGAUGGUAUUUGUAA